GGUGACCUUGACCUGGCGCGAUAUUCGUUGUUUGUGCAGAAUCAGAGAAAACAAGACUGGCAAAUCCUAGAUAAAUAACAAUGGUCAUCUCAUACAUUCAAAAUUUCUUCAGGAUGAUUUAUCUCUUCGUGGUAGACAUGUAUAAUUUCCCAGAUUUGCGUAGAUACAUGUUGACGGUAUUUAGAAAGAGAAUCUUUGAGAGGAAACAAGUUGAUACUCGGACAAUAUACGAUGAUGAAGGUAACCCAUUAAGAUCGGCUUGCGUCAAGGGGAAGUUCGUCCCCGAUUGGCCACUAGUAGUUGACAAUAUCGACAAUUACGACAAGUUCCACGCCCGCGGUGACGACAUAUGGAUUGUAAACUGGCCAAAAUCGGGCACUCACUGGAUGUUUGAAGUUGUUACGUGUCUGACUUCCGGCAAAGCACAGCUUCAUGACGGUAUCAAAGAAAACACCAUGUUCCCCGAGUUCUGUCCGGUGGAUAUUUUAGACGACAUGACGUCACCAAGAAUUUUAGACACUCACAUUCAACUGGAGCUCUUCCCAGAAGAGGCACUGAAGACGUCGAAGAUCAUUUACACAGUCCGAAACCCCAAAGACGCCUUUGUGUCCGGUUACUUUCACUUGUCAAGAGAUAAUUUAGUGGGCUUCCGCGGUGGUUGGAAUAAUUUUUUCAGGGCACUUAUGAAAGAAAUCAAAGAGGUUCCAUACGGCACGUGGUAUGAUCACGUGAGAGGGUAUUUAGCUGCGCUCGAAAACAAACCGAACGCUCUUGUCGUCAAGUAUGAAGACAUGAUAAAGGAUCUUAAGAAAGAAGUACGCCGCAUUGCAGAAUUUAUUGGCUACCAGAAUUCCGAGGAGUUUUAUGAUGAAGUGGCAAGAGUUUGUUCCUUUGAUCACAUGCAGAAAUCAAAGAAAGAACUGAAGAUUCUAUGGCAGCCAGGAGGAUCCAUGUACAGAAAAGGUAUAGUUGGUGACUGGAAAAACAUGUUUACAGUUGCACAGAAUGAGGAGUUUGACGCUAUUUACAAAGACAGGCUAAAAAACCUGAACAUUAGCAUUGACUUUGAACUAGCAUGAUCACCCUCUUAACUUGCCCAUGUUGCAUUUUUACAAACUUACGCACAAAGUGUAUUUACGACUCAGAAAUGCAGGAUGGCAGUUAAAAUGUGGUGGGAAACAUUUACAAAGCACAAUUCGUGGGCAGGGACGGGUGGAGCAGUGUUUUGUGGGUUGAACAAACGCCUUUAAUAUAGGCAAUUCCCUUUAUUCAGUGCGAACUGAUGAAAAAUGAAUGGUAAAUUUUCGUCCCAAAUUGAACAUAGAUAUGUUUUGUCGUUUAUUUAAAGAAAUACCGUAAGAGUUGUUUCAAUAUUCUGUGAAGUAUCGAUAAUGAUUUUCUAGCGUGUGUGAGCUACUUGCCGAGACGAACUUUCAGCCUAACUGUCCUGUGCUGAACGACUUUUAAAAAUGUAUGUGCAUUCUCUUUUGUAAACAAGGAUUGUUCUCAACUAUAUUUCACCUUGUAUCUUCAGAAUUAAAAAAUAUAUAUUUGUCUGUUUUCAUGGGAAUAAUAAAGAUAAACUACAGUUUC